GCCGAUGUCGAUUCUCAAGUUGCCUGAGGAUCGACAUUUUUCGGAAAUGCCACUGCGACAGUUUUUUGUACUGGUGGUUUAACAUAAUUUCUUCACGUUGGCAAAUGAUCCACGAAAUAAAGCAAAAAAGUUGAAAAAACGACUUUAUGUGUUGAAAUUUGAACACAACAAUUUUGAAUAUAAAUGAAUUUACUGGGAAGGCGUGUUGAAAUUAUGUCGCAUGCAGGACGAAAAGGAGGAAGAAGAAACUGUCACUGAAAGAGUGCUGCAGGAGAACCCAGAUGAUGGCAGUACCAACAUGGCUGAGUCAGAUGCCAUCAUCGUCGGUGGUGGCGGCCAUGGCGACAUGCGACUCCGGUACCCGCACACCAUGCCAUCAAACAUGGCACAUUCAACAACCACCCAGAAGGCAAAUGUGAUGGCCAUCACGCCGCCUCCAGUGGACGAGAUUCACGAGAACUUUGAGAAGAGCACGGCUGCACUGAGGAGGGGGAACUCUGGCUAUGGCAGUGGCUAUGGCGGUGGCUAUGGCAGCUAUGCAAACUUCCAUCCACAAGUUCCAGCCAAGACGGCCCGGCGUUUCAGUUGGGUCGAAACAACUUCCCCACGAGGUGCAGUUGAUGGUCGUGCUGUUUUAUUGACUGAACGCGUGAUUGUUGACGAGGAGGACACUAGUUGUCCUCCUCCCGAGCACGUCCGUCACCCCGUUGGAAAAGAUGUGGCGAAAACACUGGCGGAUCCGCAAAAUACCAUCGUUGGAAAAUGGAAACCAGAUGGGAUUUCACAUGAACAUCCUCAAUCUCCAUCUCCUCUCACUGCCGCCGUAGCCACAAUCCAAAACAACAAUAACAACAACAACGACAGCAGCAGGGGUAAUGAUGUCCGUGGUGGAAACGAAAAUCUAGUCUCCAGUUGUGCUGAACUUGACACGGGAGUACAGAGUGCUGGAUACACGGGUCCAUUCCCUGGGGCCACUGACCAUGCCAAGCCCAACGAAGUCCUCAGUCGUGAUGAUGAUGGUGGUGCCAAUGAUAGGCAUGGCGGCAAGAAAUUGAAGGUACCCGAUGCCAACACCGUUACAGCAAAGUCAGACCAUUUGCAGCAAAAAUAUGUUGCAAACGUGCGUGGGCCGCAAAAGAAACCAGCAGAUCUGCAUGAGAGAGUCAGGAAAUGGUUCAGCAGAUCCAGCAAAUCACUUGUAGGCAAGGGGCAAGAAGGGGAAGGAGUGACUAGUAAAGCUGCAAACAGUAGAAGAGAUGAAAGUGAUCCCGCCACAAGAGCAGUAAGUGCUCAAGCUAAGCCAGGGCAAGUGCUAUGUGGGACAGAGGCAAGGGACUCGCUGGGACGACGACAUCUGACUGGUCCUGGACCUGGAAGUGGUCCUGUAAGUGGUCAUGGAAGUGGUCUAAGGACUGGUCCUGAGACUGUUCCUGCAACCACCCAAGCCAUCGGAGCCAAUGAUCCAGGGCCACGGGCGCGAUGGAAAGUCCAAGCUCAAGUCGCAGGGGCAACAACAGCAGGGAUGCGAGCUGAUCCUCCUGUUCCUAAGCAAUCCCAAGGAGAUGGCAAUGGAAUUGCAAAUGCUACAAUGUCAGGGAGAGGUAGACAAUGUGGUGUGUUGCAGCCUCAAAGAACCGGUGGCCGUUGAUAUAUAUAAAUUGGGCAAUGCCAACAUCUUACAUAGACCAGUGCCAGAAGAAACAAGAUUUUUCCAAAGCAGGAACUGUCACGAAUCAGAGU